AAUCCCCUCCUCCCCUCCUUCGCCGUCUCCGGCGAGCCCCUCCCCCCAUCGCCGCCGCCGCCAUGGGAGGGGAGAUGGAGCGGUGCAUCUCGUCCCUGUGCGCCUCCCUCUCCACGGUGCUCGACCACGCAGACUCCUCCUCCCGCGAGCUCGCCGACGCCGUCUCCCGCCGCCCCAUCCACCUCGAUUCGGCGACGACCGCGUUCCUGCAGAAGCUGGACCGGCUGGCGGAGGCGGCGGGCGCGGACGUUGCCCGCCUCGAGUCCAUGGUUUUCGGCGCCGUCUCCUUCGAGGAGCUCCUGGGCCACUGCGGCGAGGCGCUCAGCGUCUACGCGCGCCACGCCGACGCCAUCGAGUCCCGCCUCGCAUCCUUCGGCUACGAGCCCCCCGAGGUGGAACCUGAGGUGGAUGCGGAAGAUGGUGGCGCCGGGGAGGUCGGGGACCCUGGGAAUGGCGGCUUCAGCGUCUCGAGCUCGGUGCUGAGGUCCGACAGGCGGCGGUUCGACAAUGACGAUGACGCCCUAUUUGGGGGGUCACUGAAGAACCUUGGAUUCUCGGAUGCUACUCUAGCCACACUUUCCUCUGAAGUCACAGAUUAUAAUGAAAGCCCAAAGAAGCUUUACAAGAAUCCUGACAGUGCUGAUGAUGGACAAAAGAUCAUGAACGAACCUGAACUUAUAGCUCCCCAGAAUGAAAGAAAUGAUCAAGGCAAUUCGUUCAAAGAAAUGAUAAGGGCGUCAAAGGAGGAGUAUGAGCAACUUCCUCCCUACAUGAAGAGUCUAGCAUCCUGGGAGGAAUUGUAUGAGGGAAUAUUGAAAUUAAAUUCAUACUUCGGCAGUAACAAUGCAUUGAAUCAAGAUGAUACUGGAGCAAUAGGGCUUGGGCGCAAAGGAAGAGCCUGCCUGCUAAUGCUGCUGCGGCUGAAUCAAUUAACUAUGGAGACAGUUGAUGGGUCUACCUGUUACACCAUCCGCAAGAUGAACCAGUAGGCAAUUUCAGAGUUCUGUGGGAAACGGAAGUGGGGUCACUCCAGGCAAGGAAACCUGGUGGAAACAGGAUGCAUCAUAUCUGUACAAUUGAUAGCCUGUUACUACUAUGUGCUGUGAUGUUCUUUUUGUGUGUUGCGAUGUAGCUAGUCCGGUUAAAACCUCGUGUUGUAUUAAUGUAUACUGAAACUCAGUUGCAAAGGUGAAUUUGAUUACCCGAGCAGAAGGCUCUUCUGCUCAUGUUAUGUUCA